UGCAUCAAUGUUGUAUAUGAGCGUGAGGGGAUAGGAGACCGAGGCUGUUUUUUCUACAGCCUCAGAAAUGGAUGGAACUGAAAUGAAUAAGAGGAACUGCGCAAAGCAGGAACCUGAUGCCCAGAAGAAAACGAUGGAUAAAAGUUCGGAAAGAGUAACACUCAAGAAGGAAAUUGGACUUCUAAGUGCUUGUGCUAUUAUAAUUGGCAACAUCAUCGGCUCUGGAAUCUUCAUCUCUCCGAAGGGGGUGUUGGAGCAUGCCGGCUCUGUGGGCCUGUCCCUUGUGGUGUGGGUGUUGGGGGGUGGUAUCUGUGCCCUGGGGUCCCUGUGCUACGCCGAACUGGGGGUCACGAUCCCCAAGUCAGGGGGGGACUAUUCCUAUGUGACGGAGAUCUUCGGAGGCCUGGUGGGGUUCCUCCUGCUCUGGAGUGCGGUUCUCAUCAUGUACCCCACCACCCUGGCUGUCAUCGCCCUCACGUUCUCCAACUACGUUCUCCAACCCGUCUUCCAGAAUUGUAUACCUCCCUUCCUUGCUACCAGGUUGCUAUCGACCAUAUGCAUAUUGUUCCUGACCUGGGUUAACUGUUCCAGCGUGCGCUGGGCCACCAGGAUCCAGGAUUUCUUCACCGUUGGCAAGCUGCUUGCCCUUGGCCUUAUCAUCGUGGUGGGCCUCGUCCAAAUUUGCAGAGGACACUACGACGCCCUGCGGCCCAGCGUGGCGUUUGAGUUCACGCGGGAUCCGUCGGUGGGACAGAUCGCCCUGGCCUUCCUCCAGGCCUCCUUCGCCUUCAGCGGCUGGAACUUCCUCAACUACGUCACCGAGGAGGUGGUGGAGCCACGCAAGAACCUUCCUCGCGCCAUCUACAUCUCCAUCCCCCUGGUGACCCUGGUGUACACCCUCACCAACAUCGCCUACUUCUCCUCCAUGACCCCCGAGGAGCUCCUGGCCUCCAACGCCGUUGCCGUGACUUUCGGGGAGAAGCUUCUGGGCAUGUUCUCAUGGAUCAUGCCCAUCUCCGUGGCUCUGUCAACAUUUGGAGGCAUCAAUGGGUACCUGUUCACCUCUUCCAGGCUGUGUUUCUCGGGAGCCAGGGAAGGACACCUGCCCUACCUGCUGGCUAUGAUUCACCUGAAAAACUGCACCCCUAUCCCUGCUCUGCUGGUCUGUUGCAUUGCUACCAUCUUGAUCCUGUGCAUUGGUGAGACUCACAACCUGAUCAAUUACGUGUCGUUUAUCAACUACCUCUCCUAUGGAGUCACCAUCGCAGGACUCAUGUACUAUCGCUGGAAGAAACCCAACCUUUUAAGGCCCAUCAAGGUAAACAUCCUGGUGCCCGUCAGCUACAUGGUGUUCUGGGCCGUGCUGUUGUGUUUCAGCCUGUACUCCGAGCCGGUGGUGUGCGGGUUGGGGAUGGUCAUCAUGCUCACGGGGGUACCCGUUUACUUCCUGGGUGUGCAGUGGCAGAACAAGCCCCAGUGGGUCUACAGAGUUGUGGAGACUGUCACCUACGUUGGCCAGAAGUUGUGCUUUGUGGUGUUUCCUCAAGAAGACCCGUCAGAGAUGGAACCACUCACCGAACACAUCGACAAAUAGGAUGUGUACGUGCAUGUUCUCGAGUCUACCCUCAACUCAAUUUUUUGUUCGACUUUUGAAUAGUGAAGAAAUGGAUUUCCCCUUGAAGAUGGCUUCUAACGCUUUUGAAUGGGAGAUAGGGGUGGGGGUGGGGGAAGGAAAUGGUACCCAUUAUGCUCUGCUCUGCUGAAGCCCCCCAUCCAAGGGACUGUGUGUGCGUGCGUGUGUGUUUGUGUGUGUGUAUGGGGGAGGGGUGACACAAGCUAUUCAGACAUAUUCCAGUUAGUUUUAUUAUAUUUGCACCCCCCCACCCUCUCCUUUGCUCACUGGCCAACGCCACCACGCCUCCUUAUCCUAAUCUGCCACAUGAACUGAGGACCUCUGAUAUGCAUUCACACCUUCUCUUCUAAUAGUUCUAUGGUGCCUUUGAGGGGGUGAGAGUUGGGUGUUUUUUGUAUUCCUUCGUCUUGUUUGCUAGGUCUUUAAACGGGCGUGACUUUUUCCUGAGCUCGAGUCGCCAACGACGAUAGAUUUCCUUAGAUUCCAAUUCCUAAUACUUCGAGACUGUACUUCCACUAAUAUGCAUGUCCUGUGUAGACACAAAUGUGUGUCAAACUCUCUCUUCCCUCUCUCUUUCCUCUCUGUCUCUGUCUCGUUCGCUCUGGGGAUCAACUUCCUCCUGAAGGAGACAGGUGCUUUGGUAAAACCGAAAAGCAUUCAGUAGACAACAAAACCAAACUGACCCUUAUAAACUUCCAUUUGUAGACGAUAUAAAACAUUAACCUCACUGUUUUUGAUAAACAAUGCCAAGUACAUCAUAUCAUCAAUGUCAUUGACGCACAAGUGCAAUGUCUACAACGUCAGAAAUCUCUCUCUUGAGUUUGACGUCAGUCUAUGCAAACAGUUGGGUUUGCCAGAUUUGAGCCUUUUAACUUUUCUUUCCCUGCCAGAUCAUGAAGGAAAUGAAUUGUUUGCACUACAGGCUUCUGCAGUCUGCUGAAGUUGAAGGCCCUGUUACAGUACUUGAUAUGAGGAGCACACUUUAAAGCAUUGUUUUUCCCGUAUCAAAGAGCAGAGUAAAGAAUAGGAACUAAAACUGUGGUUUCCAGAUAGUGCAUGUGCAUAUACUUAACUAUGCAGUUAAAAAGAGUGGAUUUCAGCCCAGCUAGCUAGUAUUGCUAAACAGUAGCGUAAGAUAUUGUGGGAAAGAGUCGCUCAUGGGACUCGUCUCAAAAUUGCCUCUCUUCCUUGUCUUUUCUUCUUGAGAUUUGAUACGAAAAAGAAAUUGAUUGAUUUAAAUCUGAUCUGUUUGACUGUGUGAGCUAGUAUAAUUAGGAUCAGAUAUCAUCAAGUACCUGAGACAAACUUAUUUGAAUUUCUAUCAACACCUGUGUCAAAGGUGCUUGAGGGACUGGUAUUAGCAUAGGCAAUUUACUUUAACAAUACUGGACUUCCACUCCACACACUUUACGAGGGUAUCACAUUUUCACUUUACUGACCACUAAACUCAUUGGAAUAAUAACAGUCGUAAUAGUAGUAAUGUUUAUGUACACCAGUUUUAUUUUUGAAAAAAUGCUGGCCAUUUUUUGGUCUCAUAAGAUUCACUCAAAACUCAGAUGUUUACUUUGCAUGCAGUGGAGAUAGCCAGAGUUCUAAAGCUUUCUGUCCCCUCCACACUUGCUAAUACUGUUACCAUGUCAACAACUUCUCAUGUCCGUUUUUCUGCCUCUCCGCAGUGAGGUUCAUUGUUAGCACAACUCAACAAUGUAAAUACUGUGUAAAGUUGUAAGGAAAAAAAAUAACGUCAGGGCUUUACAGUGAAAUGGCAUUCCUGACGCAUUGUAAAACGUAAACAUGCAUUACGCUGUACUCUUUUGGUGCACUUAAGUUUUGUACAAUAUUUUUGAAGAUGUAUAAGGAUAACAAUAAUAGCUUAUUAAAUAUAAUUCAUAAAAACAAGGCUAUUCUUUUGGUUUGUUGGAGAGACUGUUUUGUGCGUGUUUGGGUUACCAUUAAUAAGUUAUUAAGAGAACAUUGUGUUUGGCCAAUCAAGAGAUCAUUCAGUUGCAUGAAUGUAGUCUCAAUC